UGUGCGCGGGGAGCCAGUCUGCACCUCGCCAGUUCCCAUUGACCAUGACCAUGACCCUCCACACCAAAGCGUCGGGAAUGGCUUUGCUGCACCAGAUUCAAGGGAACGAGCUAGAGACCCUCAACCGCCCGCAGCUCAAGAUGCCCAUGGAGAGGGCCUUGGGCGAGGUGUACGUGGACAGCAGCAAGCCCGCGGUGUUCAACUACCCCGAGGGCGCCGCCUACGAGUUCAACGCCGCCGCUGCCGCCGCCGCUUCAGCACCGGUCUAUGGCCAGUCGGGCAUCGCCUAUGGUCCCGGGUCCGAGGCGGCUGCCUUCGGUGCCAAUAGCCUGGGGGCUUUCUCCCAGCUCAAUAGCGUGUCGCCCAGCCCGCUGAUGCUGCUGCACCCGCCACCGCAGCUGUCGCCCUUCCUGCACCCGCACGGCCAGCAGGUGCCCUACUACCUGGAGAACGAGCCUGGCGCCUACGCUGUGCGCGACACCGGCCCUCCCGCCUUCUACAGGUCCAAUUCGGAGAAUCGACGCCAGAGUGGCCGAGAGAGACUGACCAGUAGCGGUGACAAGGGAAGCAUGGCCAUAGAGUCUGCCAAGGAGACUCGCUACUGUGCAGUGUGCAAUGACUAUGCCUCUGGCUACCAUUAUGGGGUUUGGUCCUGCGAAGGCUGCAAGGCUUUCUUCAAGAGAAGUAUUCAAGGCCAUAAUGACUACAUGUGUCCAGCUACAAACCAAUGCACGAUUGACAAGAACAGAAGAAAGAGUUGCCAGGCUUGCCGGCUGCGCAAGUGUUAUGAAGUAGGCAUGAUGAAAGGCGUGACAGAGAACCGAUGCUGUCCUAUGGAAGUGGAAUCCCAGAUGCACUCAGAAGGCUCCACACACAGAGGAAAGCUAAGCUUUAACCGAUUAAUUACCAGGACAAAAAGGGAAGUAGAGGGAAACCCAGGAAUGGAAAUCAAGAUGAAGGUCAAGUUGAUUACCAUGCGGCUGAUCACGGAAAUCAAGACGAGGGUAGCUUGA